CGUAAGAUAAAACUACAAGAUAACUAAAACGUUCCAAUUUUUACAUUUAGGGCCUACGGUGCUUUUAAGCCCACGGCCUUUACUUUCUAUCCAACAAUCUGAAACACAACGAAGAAAAUAGAUGGCCAGGUUGCUAGAAACACAGGUUGUCGUGAUGCAACAAAUGAGGAAGAUAUCUGAAUCUACAACCUGGCUAUCUCUUGUGGUUUUGCUAUCUUAUCGAAAUCUUUGCCGUUCAUAGUCGGGAACCAAUCAAGAGGCGGGAGGAGAUUAUCUGGAAAUUGCUGCUAUCCCUGUGGAUAAGACAACAAAUCAAGAUUUAUUGAAAAACAACUUUGUAAUAUCGGUGGAAUUUAUCAUGAUAUCGACAGUCAUCAUGCAUAUCGAAGGCAAUAGUACGUAUGGUGGUAAUUUGUGCUAUUUGUCACUUAAUCCUCCCGUGUUGAAUUUAGAGAACAUGAAAUCGAGAAAUAAUUUGUGUGUAGCUUUGGUAAAUCUCAAGAUCUGUUUCGACAUAGAAACAGAUCCAAGCCGGUUUCGAUGUAAGACACCUCACAAGAUGACUAUAUAAAUUUGCCAAUUGAGAAAUGCCAGUCGAGAGCGCUUUUUUUCCACAAAAGUACCAAGAGCUAUUUGCCGAUUAACUUGAGUUUAGCUGAAGGCGUACGUCGGAAAGUGUACGGAGGUUGGCAUCCUUUCUUAAACCUGUCAGGACCGAACCAUGAGUCCGAACGAAAACAACAGUCUGGGCAACCGCUUGGACAAAUCUUCAUACUUUCCGCAUGGUAUCAGACCUUGGCUGCAAACGGCUCGUUGCAGUAAUUGAAACCAGAAAGAUUUAUUUGUUUGCCCUAAAAAAUAGCACUUUGGUGGGGGUCAGAGAUAGGUCAAACAAGAGCCGAAGACGCUUGCAGAAGAGAAGCAGGAUGGGCAAACCCAGCACGUGUUAACGAUGUAAUGGAACUGGCGGGCUAGAACACAAUGACGAAGGAGGAGAAGCGAACCACACCCAAGGGUUCCUCAGGGUCUGGCUCCCGGGGCACGGGGAUGCGUGCAGUCCUUCAGAAGGAAUAUAUGCAGGGCCUUGACCAUCUGCGCCAGGUCAUUGCCAACGUUGAGCACGAAAUAGACAAACAGAAACUGGAGUUUUACUGCUGUGAGGCAAAUGAUGAAGAGAAAUAUGAGGAAUACCUACGGACAUGCAAUUCCAAGUUACUGCAGUGUAAUAAUCAUCUACGUAAGAAAAACUUACAGUUGGAGGUGAUCGAUUCGGAACUUCAAUUAGUGGCGCUGUUAAACAACGCAAGAAUUGCCCACGCUGAGUCGGACUCUAUUAGUUUCCUCACAGAAUUUUGGGAAAACUUGAAAAACUCUAUGGAAGGGUUGAGACGUUUGCGCGGGAAAUUACAGACCAAUGUAGUAGAGCGAUUAAAAAGUAACUGUAGAAGUUACAAUUAUGGAAAUGCAAAUUUAGACUUGAGCGAGCAUUAUGCUCGGGACAUUACUAAAUAUCAGGCGGAAAUAGGACGGAUGCUGGAAGACACAGAAAUCUUGAUCAAGAGUUUUGAAAGUAAUAUACGCCAAGAUCUAUUUAUGAAUUCGAAUUUUUCUGAAAGGGUUUUGAUAUCGUGCGAUCACAAAGCCUUCCCGAUACUCAGACUUACGCCGGACGUCAUUGAGAAGCUAGAAAGGAUUUGUCGCCUCUCAAAACAGUGGAUUGAUCGCGACGAGACGUAUGUUUACGAGAUUAAUACGCACAUCAGAGAAGCGCGAAAUAGAACGAGGAAGACACGCGAGGACCUUCGAAGUCACCAAGAAAAGCAGAAGAAAAUCGUUAAGAACGCCAAAUCAUCCCUUAUUCUCUUCCAGAGCAACAAAGAAAAACUGAGACAAAUCGAGGCAGAGCUGAAGGACUUAGAGAGCCAGGUCGGACACUUCUCUCAUCAAAAAGACGGAAAGACCGGCGAAAAACGACAGAAAGAGAGCAUGAUGGAUUUCCUCAAAAUCAGUAUCUCUCAAACGAAGAAAAACUAUGCUCUUCAACGAAGGCGAACUCGCAUACAGCAGCAACUCUCCGAGCUUGAGCGGCAAUUGCAAGAGAUAGAACUUAGUCUAAAGAGUGUACAAGAAGCCGUGGCGCAAAAAUCGCAAGAAAAAGUCGUUGUUGUGGAAAAAGUUGAGACGAGUGAAAAAGUUUACAGUUCUAUACGAGUCGAGCUGGAUAGUUUUACGGCAAACAUCAGCAAAUUACAAGUACAAAUGAGCGAAUUAACGGAGCAGUUGGGGCAGCUGGAGAUGAUACAGACGCUAAAGACGAGCCCCGAAAUGGUGGACGAUUUUUACGAUCGGCCAUCUUCGGUAAAACUCGCUCCAUCUUUGAGGGAGAAAAUAAAACGAAAAAGAAAAAUAUUAAGUCAAUCAAUUUGAAUUGAAGUCAGCCUUUCUUGACAGCUCGGAAAGGAAACAAACACUGGUGCUUUUGAUGAACAACAAAGUGGUACAGUAUCUACGAUGUUUUAUUGCACUGUGUGUCACAAAUUAAUUGUUUAGACUGUUUAUAGCAACUUGCUGUUCUCACGACCAAAGAAGUUCAAGUUCAGCGCCAGUGAUUAUUCUAAAUAUUUCUGACACUUUUUGGUUUAAUAUGCUUUAUCUCUCAUAACGGUGCUCUCUGCUACGGGCCAGUUGGGUGAUGACGUCAUUUGAUGACGCCAUUUGUGAAGGUCUGUGCAAAAUUUCUAACUCGCCAAAAAUGCAUGCAGAAUUUGUUCGGGGGAUAUUUGUGAAUAUUCAGUGAUGAAAUCGCUUUUUGGCCCUGGUAGUUGGUAUUACAAAAACGUAUCAUUGCAAUAAUCAGUUAAUUGUGUUUGUUGAGAAGAGGCAGCCAGCGCAUCCCGUAAAGCUUUGCUGAAACCCUGAAC